AUGGCCACCCUGGAAGUUGGUGAGGUGACAGUACAGACCGGAGCGUGGGUGAGCCAUUCUUUCAGCAUGCCUUUUGCUGAAGUGCCAGUGGUGGUCCUUGCCCCGUCGGCACAAGUGGAUGAGCCUGCAGCAAUCCGCAUAAAGGACGUGACCAAGACUGGCUUCCAAGCCGUGGUUGCGAAGCCCACCGGCAGUAGCGUUGCCGGUGCAUCCAUGACGGUCUCCUUCGUUGCGGUGGUCCCGGGAGUUCGUCAGCUCCCAGGCAGCGGCUUGUGGCUCGAAGCUGGUCGAGUCUCCACUGCCAAGCUUGCGGCUUCAACGAAGUGUAGACCCUCGGGCGGACUGUCGACUUCAUGGCAAAAAGUGGAUUUCCAGAACCAGUUCGCGGAGCAACCGGCCUUUCUGACGACUAUCCAGACGGUGAACAAUGAAGUAGGCCUGCCGUCAGCGAAUUCAGAGCCAUGGUUUACAGUGGGUGUCAAUUCUGUGAACCCCGCUGAUGCGUGGGUGUCGCUGGAGAUGGCUGAGACUUCCCAGCAUGGAGGCUCUGCUGUGAAUCAGGACGAGGAGGUUGGAUGGCUGGCUAUCCAGCAGGGUGUCCACACAUUCCAGGCAUCAGGUCAGGCCGUCCAGUGCGCUGCUGUGAAAUCCUCCCGAAGCGUGAGGGGCUGGGAUAACGGUCCAGCCACCGUGUCCUUCGGUGCUGAUAUGGGUGGGAGUCCCCUUGUAGUUGCGAGUCAGUCGAAGCGGUUUGGAGGUGAUGGAGGAUGGGUCCGUGUCAUGGGCACCUCGUCUACAUCGGUUGAGGUGGUGAUCGAUGAGGAUCAAAAUUGCGACAACGAGAGGAGGCACACCAACGAGGAAGUCAGCAUAUUGGCCUUCUCUAGUGGCUGCAUCCUUCAGUGA